AUGAACCCUUGCACUUGGUUUCGGGUCUGUCUGGUCGCUGUCAUCGACGUUGCUCUGUCGGUGGUGUUGUGCCUGCGAAGCGGCGGCUCGUGGAACACGCUGGAUGAGGUGACGCGGCGUAGUACCUUGGAUUUCGUUGUCAUAUCAGUCUUGCGGGCUGCUGUUGAAUUCUGCUGUUUUGCAGCCAUGGCGUGCAAGCCGAUGGAGAUGUCGUCGAUUCUUGGCGGCUGUUCAACUGUGUUUCUCUCACUGACCAUUCUCAUGAUUAUCUAUUCGCCUCUGAAGCUGUUGAUCGUCAGCGAGGACACAGAAUAUUUAAAGACGAACUACUGGUUUUGGGCACUGUUCUGCUGGAACAUAGCUGCGUCGGCUCUAUUUCUGUACAUAUUAAGUUACUUUCAGUGUUCGUCUCCAUCUCCCACCCAAACUACUCCGAACCGUGUCUUUAAAUCAGAUGAAAUUUCAAGUCUGACCGAAGACCAAGAGAAAGAAAAAGAUACUACAGUACAGAGGAUGGUUUCGAUGAAUCCAGUUCAAAUACCUCUCGCUGUCAAGGAGACGUCUUCUCUUGCCUGGCGUCUUCUUCACUACUGUGGAACUGAAUGGAUUUGGUACCUCUCGGGGCUCGUGUUUUUGCUACUUUACUCGGCAGGUAAUCUAUAG